GCUUUGAGAUAAUCGGAUCGCAUUGAACAAAGCCACCAAAGAAGAGAAACAUGAUUAGAAGCAGGGAGGAGCAGAAGGAACAUAAACGUAUGUUUCGCUUCUCUGUCAUGGUCAUCGAGAUGGCAACUCGACAUUCCCGGUAACUUGUCCCAUCCUUUUCGAUCUGAUCCUCUCUUUCCUCUCUUUGCUUGCGAUAUUAUAUAUUAUUGCCUCCACCCCUUGAUUCUCACUGUCAUAACAUAAGAAACACCUUGCACGAUGCACUGAAUACACCGGAUGUCCAUGGACACGCUCGGCUGUGCAGUACUUCAUUCGGGAGAGCAUAACGAUACCGUUUCGUAAUUUAAUUAAUUGCAAAUGCACAAGAUAUGCCUUUCCUCAAACGUUCGUUUUAUUUGCACGACGUCGCUUCAAUCGUUCAUUGCGAAUGCGUUCUACGCCUCAUCUCAGAACUCGAUUGUCUUCAUUUCUUAGCUUUGCAACAAAGACGACUCGUGCGAAUGGUUCAGACAUUACAAAAAAACCCAGCCAAACUAAUGUCCAACGCAAAGAAUAGCUUUUAUUCGUUUCUUUCGUACCUUUAAAACGUCGCUUUGAUAUUGCAUUCAGAUACUUUCAGAUUCAAGCAAGUUCAAGUUCAGAAUCAGAGCUGAAGCUUUUCAAAUUGUUACUGAAAAAAUUCAGAUGUUAAUUAGAAAUCUCUUGAGUCAUUCAUAUCGAUUAAAUCACGAUUAAUUAGAGCCUGAUAUACCUUUAAUAAGAUAUCGUUACGUUCAUUUUGUUUAUGUUAUGUUAUAUAUAAUAUUCAUUAUGUUGUGUUACUUGAGGAAAUUCUUGGUCAAUACAAAUACAAAGAAUACAAUAAAUUUGUCUCUCUUCCUCUCUUCAUAUCCCCGCCACCUGUCUUCUACCACCACGUUGUGGCGUUUCCCUCCUUUCUUUUGCUGUCUCCCUCCUGCUAUACCUUCCCUUUCCUUCCGUGCUCUCGUACUCCUCCUCUCGUCCCGAAUCGCGUGGCGAGGAGGCCCCGCUGCCCGACUGACCGUCCUCGGCGCCUCUUAUACCUUUACUCCGGUUUGCGCGUUCUUCAGGAACGUGUGUUGUACGUGUCCGCUUCACGUUCCACUCAGGAGAGCGCGACAUAUAUACCCCCUCCUUUUACAGAGUACGUACACACAAACAGCCGCAAAACAGACAUUGUCGACUCGGUCGUUGGUGGUGCGUCGCGAUACCUUCAAGUAGAUAAACCGAGCUAAGGGCUCGUUUGCCAACACCCGUCGUAGUUCACGAAAUCGUUCUCAGUUCAUCUGUUCGUUUGCUCCGAUACGGCCAAAGUAGUUCAGCCAGACAGUGAUAUGGCACAGCUGAUCAGCGUCAAGCUGUCCAGGUUCGACGGGUCUGCCUGGGGCUUCCGUCUGCAAGGCGGCAAGGAUUUCGGCACGCCGCUCAUCGUGCAGAAGGUCAAUAGCGGUUCCCCGGCGGAAGCUGCUGGUCUUAAAGCUGGCGAUGCGGUUAUCAGAGUCAACACUACUGAAAUGUAUAACUUGAGGCACAAGGACGCGCAGGAUGUUAUAGUCAAGGCCGGAAAUAAUUUCGAACUGACUGUUCAAAGAGGCGGCAGUACCUGGAAACCGCACGUGACGCCUGUAACCACAAACCUACCAUCUCCAAUGCACACCGCCUCCGCGGGUAACAUCACGCCAGUCACAAAGACCUCCUUGGCAGUGAAGAAACAGGACGGAUCCCUCAUCGGCAGCGGACACAACUUCAGCCCCAAGCCAUUCCUGAACGGCACCGGUGACGGUCCAAUUAAAUCCAUCGUGAACAAACAGUACAACAGCCCCGUGGGGAUCUACAGCGAGGAAACCAUCGCGGAGACACUGUCCGCUCAAGCGGAGGUCCUUGCCGGAGGUGUCCUUGGGGUGAAUUUCAAAAAGAAUGAGAAGAAUUACAACGCUGAGAACAGCGAGGUUUUCAAAAUGGUCCAAGAAGCGGACAAGGAACCAAAGACGCCAGAACCUGUUCCUUCAAGGACAGAGUUUUACUCUUCGGUGAGCCACGCGGUUGGCGGAAGGGCCACUUCACCGAGGUCACCCACGCCUCUAUUUCAUGCUAUGGGCGGUGCUGGUGGUGGUGCACCUGCCGGUAGCAGGCUAGCUACGCUGAAUCUCGACGAGUCGAGACAUCAGGCGUCACAACAACAAGAGUCUCCCGCCGGGUCGGGGUCAUCGACACCGGGCGGGGUCGUUUGUAGCAACUGCGACCGAGUGAUCGUAGGUGUCUUCGUCAGGAUCAAGGACAAGAACCUCCAUGUGGAAUGCUUCAAGUGCUCGACCUGCGGAACUUCCUUGAAGAAUGUCGGCUAUUACAAUAUCAACAAUAAAUUGUACUGCGAUAUUCAUGCGAAACUCGUCGCCAGGCAAAAUGCACCUGGUCUUGUACCUAUCACUAUACCACCAGGUGGCAAAGCACCGGCUAGCACCAUUAGCGCGGCAUUGGCGAAUGCACCUUUAUCGCCGCCCCUCAGCAAUCACGGAUCGUCGCCUCAACCAUUCUCCGCGUGCAAUCGUACGAGCCCCGAUUUCGGAUCCCAGCGUACGUGGCGAUCGAUCUCAAACGGAUGCAUCAGGAACGGCGAAUGCAAUGGCGAAUCGAAAACGUUCACGAGUACAAUCACCAUCCAAACAGGUGGCAUAGAGCCCACCACCCGCCUUGGCACCUCGUCCGUCGAUUCACCUAGCUUUCGAUCAGUCCAGCCAACACCAACGAGCAACAAUCUUAUUGGUCCUAAACCCUUUGGUGGAUCGAGUGGUUUCUCAUCGAAUCUACAAUCAAGCCCGACAUUAAACUCAGGAAGCAGUACCUUGCCACGUCCUCAGAGUCAGAGUGUGACAGAAACCUCUAGCAACGAGACCUACGAGCGGUCUUACUAUUACGAGAUCGCGAAGGACACGAGGAAUCAAUCCCCGCGUCCCAGCUCUGUAAAGUCCCGUCGAAGACUCGUUUGGCCACCCCCGAAACCUGUCGAAGAUAUUACGUACCCUACUGCCAGUCCCAUUUACAUCAAUCCGAAUCCCGUUCUCGACGGAAGGUGCCACCAGGCGAUCAGAGAGAAGCGCGCCAGCAUUGAGGCUUGCGAGCGAGCUUUAGCAAGCCGCAGAGAAAGACACGGCGGAAGCAUCGAGCGUGAGAUUGAGAAAAUAUCGGCAGAAUCGUGUGGUCGCCGACACAACGACGCGAUGGAUCGAGUGAGCUGUCCUGGACAACCGACGUACCGACGCGUCGAGCUGGUGGAUACCAGCAGCAGGACCUCCCGAUCGGACGUGAUGACCUCGCGACCGAGUUCAACUGAUAGUGUCCGCAGAUCAUUGACGCCCACCAGAAUCGUCCAACCGAUUCCCAAACCGUGGACCGCGAUCGUCAGCGGCGGUAGUACCAAUCUUUACGAGCAGAGUUACGCGGGCCGUCAGGAGCAACCCGCGGGACAGAUCUAUAAGAAGUUCAUGCAACGAGAGGUCUGUCAUCGAGAACGCGUAUCAGGUGGUAAAGAGCAUCGAGAGGAACAGCGAGCUUAUAGAGCAGAAAUCUGUCGAAGAGAACAAACGGUCUGCCCGAAACCACCCUUGCCUGUGCCGAGACAAGAGCAACCACCAGCGGAGACGGUUAAGGAAAUCGAUACCGAAGUUACCGAUCUGAGAGGCGACAAGACAGACGAAGCAGAAGUGUCAGGAGGAAUUCAAGGCGAACACGAUCUUAUUACUGAGACAACCGAAGAGACGGUAGACGGUAUGCACGUAGAGCAAUCGGCGACCUUCGAGAAAACUGUGAAGAGGGUGUCAUCGCCGGAAAGAUCUAGAACGCUGAUGAUCGAGGAGGCAGAAGAUGAAGAGCAAACUGAAUGUUUCACGAGGAGGACCGAGACGCACAUCGAUCGUACAGUGGAGAAUACAAUGGAAGAACGAACCGUGGAGGAGUCCGCUGAAGUAGUUACGUCGGCUAUCGACGCCCAGCAGAUGUUAGAAAAAGUCAAACAGGAAGAAGAGGAAAGAAAGAGAGAGGAAGAAGAAGAAGAGCGAAGAAAGGAAGAAGAGGAAAAGAAGAAAUGUGAGGAAGAGGAACGAAAACGUCAAGAGGAAGAAGAAAGGAAAAGACAGAAGGAGGAGGAGGAAAAAAUCAAGAAACAUGUGACCUUUAACGAUGAGGAAGUCGAAGAGGUGCGAGAGCAACCGCUAGGCAGAACUGUAGUACGGAAGGAACGUAUUACCGAAUCGAACGGGUCUACGCCAGGUUGUUGUAAAAUCACGAAGGAGACGUACGAGGAAAUCACCGAGGAAGUGCUAGUCCAGGAACGCGUGCGAAGAAGAGGAGGCGUGGAAGACGAACGCAGAAAAAGUCUGCGAGAACAAGUGGAAGUCCAUCAGAGUCUCCGGGAUCAACAAGCGCCAGAGAGACGAAGUGUUGUCGUCAAGUACGGCCAGCAACCUCAGGAGACUAUGGAGACGUGCAAGAAGAGGGUACAAUUCCUAAAGGAAACUGAAACUGGACCGAAACCAUUGCCAGACACACCCGUGCAGAACUCCACUCCUAAGGAAUGGAAGUCCGAGAUGGUAAACGCUUUGACAACUGCGCCGGAUCGCUCUUAUACGCCACUGAACGCUACCUCUAGCAUAAAAGAACUUUAUACUGAGGAGACCAUCUAUUUGGAUCAUAGAUGUCGACCUAAGCCGCCGCCGCCAAAGGAAGAGAUUCGACCAAUCUCACCUUUCCAGCAAGCGCUGACGAUAGCACCUGAACGAUCCUACACUCCUCUGAGCCGUGAAAUCGGACCAGAGGAUCAACAAAUCGCUAGUAGAUCGCAGACUCCAAAUCUUCAGGUACAGAAUGGCGGUUAUUGUCCGCCAUUGGAUAUUUUGUACGGUAAGGAGAGCACGACGAGCGAAUCCUAUGCACGAGAACAGAUACCACGACCUUUACCCACUCCACCACCUGAUUAUCGUCUGAGGGAUUCAUCGGCGUCACCUGCAAGGUCUCGACCGGAAACACCUAAAUCGCCUAAGACGUUCACAGCAGGUUUAAAAAAGCCAGAUACUAUACCAGUUUAUCAAAGAAACUUGGUGGCGAUGAAGAAAGGACCAGUGGAGGGUCAGCCGUUCAUUCCUAGUAGAACACCCACUCCGACACCUGGUAGGUCCAAGUCACCCGCUCAAGGACCACCUGAGCCACCGGCAUGCUACGUGAAGGCUCAAGCCCCGAGAAUUCGAGAAAACCCACCACCGUCAAAACGAGGUGGAUCGAUGCACUUUCCCUCGCGCAAGACCAUCUCCUAUAAUGUGGAAGAGGAUACCGAUAGUGGUCAUAGGAAACAAGAGUAUUCCGCUUCAAGAACUGUGAAUUAUGACGAGAAAGAAACUAACAGCCUCGAGGGAGGUCCAACAGACGCGCUCUAUGCUCAAUUUCAGGAGACACGAUGCAUGACCAGUGAGGAGACCAGUGACCAGCAGAACACCACAACUCACAUGAAGAAAGCACUUCAAGUGGUUGAGGAUUACGAGAAGUGCGAGCGAAAGGAAGUAUUAUUGUCAGCAUCACUGCCACAAAGUCCAAAACCGAGCAUCUGUGCCAUUAGCAAAGUGAGCCACACGAAGCCUACUUUGCCGUGCCCCAUGACCUCGCAAAUCAUCCCUACAACAGCCAGACAACCGACUUACAGCAGCUCUACAGAAGUGCGUCACGUACGAUACGAGACUCCUUCACCGAAAUCUUGUCCAGAGACAGGAGUAACUAUUUUACCCUGUAAAGCACACUCCGAUCGAGGUACCAAAACCGGCGUUGUCGUAGUACCUUGCGACGACUCCCAGAAAGCUUGUCCUAGAUCUGGAGUUUGCGUGAUGCCUACGAAGGAUCGAUCUGGCGUGUGCGUAUCGCCUUGCUUCGGUAUGCGGUCUGGAGAGUGCGGUCAGCCAUCGGGUACUUGUGGUCGCGAAUCAGGCUGCGAUUAUAACGUUACUGACUGCCCGGAUUCAAAUAUCUGCGUGACCCCUUGCGCGGACGGUUCUGUUUGCGUGGCACCUUGCAAGAAACCUGGUCCAAAUCAAUCGAGAACAAAUCUACCUUUUUCCCAUAUCCCGUUACCUUACAAGGAAACCCCACCGCCAUCCAAUCCUCAAUGUUCAGCUCCGAGCUUCAAACCUCGCACUAAUUUGAGCGGUCAGCUCGCACGACUGACCGCCAAGAACGGCCAACAGAACGUACCUACAAUACAGCUUUACAAACUAAUUCAACCCCAGAACCAAGCUCAAUCUCCCCCAACUCGGAGCUACACCGAGAGCAGUUACUGCCAUACCCAAAGUUAUCGCGAAACCCACUGCGAGCCCGGUAAUCAUUGCCAGAGUACCCGGAACCAAUGUCAGAUCCAUUGUGAUCCCCCUAGUAAGACCCAGAGUUUAGUAGACCCACCAAAUUUGUCGUCCCACCCGGAUCUAGGUACCGGAAUCGGUGGUCUCAGCAGCCCGGGCUCCAAGAGUGGAUCAUUUGCUGGUAGCAGCGCUCCCAAACGCGGACGAGGCAUUCUGAACCAAGCUGUUGGAGCGGGAUCGCGUAUACCAUUGUGCGCUCACUGCAAUUCAUACGUCAGGGGACCUUUCAUCACUGCUCUGGGCCAAAUCUGGUGUCCCGAUCAUUUCGUCUGCGUCAACGCCCAAUGCCGUCGUCCUCUUCAGGACAUAGGCUUCGUCGAAGAGAAAGGACAGCUCUAUUGCGAGUAUUGCUUUGAAAGAUUCAUCGCACCCACGUGCAAUAAAUGCAACAACAAGAUUAAAGGCGAUUGUCUAAACGCGAUUGGAAAACACUUCCACCCUGAAUGUUUCAAUUGCGCCUAUUGCGGCAAGCUCUUUGGCAACAGCCCAUUCUUCCUGGAAGAAGGAUUACCCUACUGCGAAGCUGAUUGGAACGAACUGUUCACCACGAAAUGCUUCGCGUGUGGAUUCCCAGUCGAGGCUGGUGAUCGUUGGGUGGAGGCCCUAAACAAUAACUACCACAGCCAGUGCUUCAACUGCACGAUGUGCAAGAAGAAUCUCGAGGGCCAAAGCUUCUACGCGAAAGGCGGUCGCCCAUUCUGCAAAAAUCACGCGCGUUAAAGUCAUUCGCUCUCGACCAUCACAGAUGAUCGAUGGGACGACGGGAGAGGAGGGACAGAAAAAACAAAAAAUGGAGGAAAAGUCCAACGAGGAUGAGAAACGUACAGCGUUAACAUACGAAUUACUUUGUCGCGAUUACUUUCUUUUUUCUGUGUCUUCGACCGAGAUCACUUCACUAACCCUUUGAUCUGCGAGCGAUCCUUUAUAUAGUUACAAAAUAGAAUCAAUCAGGAUAAUUGUAAUAAACAGAUAUCUUUAGUUGAACCUAAUGAUAAAUUAAAUCAUUGAAUGUGAUAAUUAUUUAGAGCACAAAUAUCAUAUAGACUAAUAUGAAAAAUAAAAUGAAGACGAUAAAGAUAAAAUCUUGAAGAAGAAAAGUGACAUUAUUAAUGACAUUAAGUUAUGAUGUUAUAUUUCUUCUAAUGUCACUAAUCAUCCUGAUUAAUUCUACGCUAUGCACAUUUUCACGAGGUAUUGGUCAUGUCACGCGUCACAUCCAGCUACGAGUUAUUAAUUAAUAUUUAUUAUUUAGCUUAAUAAGAAUGGCGCAGAAAGCCAUCUCAACCUUAAAGAGCCCAAUAGCAAUCAGUCCUUGUACCAAAUUUAGAUGAAAUUUAUUAAUUCAUUAAUUUUUUUAUUUUUAAGGACUGUGAAGUUAUGUAGUUUCUUUUUAAUCAAAUGUUCUAAAAGGAUCAUUAUUUUAUUUUAUAAUAUAAUUUUAUACAUUUCGCGCAAUUUGUGCUCUUUAAAGUUGGGUGAUCUCGUGUUUCUAUGUGAGAUGUGUCUUGCUCUCGAUAUUUCGACGAUAUUUCGAUUACUACAAAAAUUUAAGUAUCGUCUGUUUUGAUAUCGUGCGUCGACGUCACCAAAGGCGCAACUAAUUACGUUGGAGACAUUUAACGAUGUAUCCUUGCACUUUGCGGUUCCCGCUUAGUGACAUGGAGCUUAAUAACAAUUCUUACUAGCAAAAUACCUCGUAAAAUCGCUCACGGCAGGAAGCACUGGGACGAUACAGUAUAACGAACGCGCCGUUGACGGAGCCUCAAAUCACGGAUCACGCAAAGGUUACCCGAGCAAUUAGUAUUACAUGGGCUAUCGCAUAAUUUCGUACUUCCAAGGUGCAUCGGGAUGCAAUGAGGGUUAGUAUAAUAAUAUCUCGGGUGACAUCGGCGCUUCUUUUCUUGAUUAUCGACAACGGCGUUGCGAGAGAAACAGAGAGAAUGUACAUGUGUGAGCGAGUAAGAGAUCGAUUGAAAGAAUAUAGAUGAAUGAAAAUCAAAUUAGAAGAAACGUACGAAUGAUGAAUAAAUGCGUUGAACGCAUGAGGAGAGAUAAUAAUUGCAUGAUUCCCAAAUAAUCAAAUUUGCGUGCAAUUUUAAAUAUAUUAGGUUUCCAUGUAAGCAAUUCUAGUGUGAAAUUAACAAUUAAUAAUUAAAAGAAAUUUUAUUUUAUUUUGCUGAUGCAUUCAACGCGAUUGUUAUUUCUUUUGUAACAGAAACGUGAUACGUGAUAAUGAUUUAAUCCAUCAACAAAUGCUAUGCAAAACUAUGCUCGAGGAUAAACUGGUCAAGUGUUUAAAAUUCUAUUCUAAAAUUCACGAAUUAUUCGCAUUAAUAACGAUAAAUUGUUUAUAAUAUAUAACUAAAAGAAAUAUGCGCGAGAGAGACAGCGAGUAAUAUCUAUUAAUUUAUGAGAGGCCGCCUUGUGGCAUUUUGUGCACGUAGAUCUUUAAAUGAAUAUUCGCCGAAGAUACUUAAUAGCUUUACUAAAUCGACGACGACGAUAUAUAGUCUUAGUGCAUGCAAACUGCGCCGUAAGUCAUCUACGAAUCCGUCGUAUCCUGGAAUCGGCCGAUUAAAGUCAAGACUGAUAACAAGUUGAACAUGCAUCCGCAGUUUCAUUUAAUCAGCCAAUCGAUUCGCUAGUUGGGAAAACGAAAGGUUAAAAUUCGCACGGUAGGAACGACCUGCCGUGCUCUUGCGCUGACAAUUUAAAACUCUUCUUAUCUGUUGUGCUACUUUCACAUCAAUCAUUUGUUAAAAUAAAAUUAAAAACUAAAACUAUUAUAAAUUUUUAGAGAUAGAUGUACAUCUCUUUAAAUUUCUGCGAACACGAGAUUCUGUGUCUAAAUUUUCCAACCUCCGAAAGUUUCGAAAACUUUUUAAACUCUUAGUUAAGUUUUAUGGUUUCUCCGAUAAUCCUUAAAUUUCAAACGCGACACUUGAUAUUAUCUGGCAUCAAUGAAUAAGAAAUUUAAUCUUUGCUUUAAUGAGCUCUUUUCCUGAGCACGAGAACGCGCAAAGGCGAAACAUUCGUUGGUCUCAACUCCGUUUUACGAAGUGAGGGAUUUAAACGAGACGAAAGCAAUUGCCAUAUUAUUAUAUCUAGACGAUGUUACCGAUAUUCUGUGCCAUCUGCGCAAGCUUUUGUCAUUGCGUAAUCGCUAUUUUUUUGCGAAUGAGAGUAAGCAAGAAAGAGAGAACGAAUGGAAGAGAGAGAAAAAGAGAAAAAGAAUAUGUAUGUGCGUAAGAGGCUUCCGAAAAGAAGUCUAUUUGUGCAAGAUAAUAUAUAAUGUAAUCCUGUAAUUAUACAUAUAGAAAUAAGUGUCUUAAGCUGCAUUCGCGACGAUUCCGCAAAAGAAAAGAAAGUACGUUCUGCGAGGAAUUUGACUUUACCUGUACGAUCGCGAGCACUUGCGAAUACUUCGAUGACGAAUGAUCGAUCGACCAUCGCCGCCCGAUCAUUGACAAUCGUACAACGGCGCGGACCAUGAAAUUUCAACCGUUUAUUUAGCCGAUUAUAGGCCGAGCGUCGCACAAGCCUCUGUAUGUGUUACGUGUUGCUUAUAAAAUAAAAUGAAGUAUUUACUCGAA